CGCAGCUAGAGCGACGGCUGUCCGACCUACGCACGCUACAACUACCUAUUACUACAUCCCGCACCCACGCUAAGAUCAUAACUAAGCGACGUGACAAACAUGGACUGGUUCACAAGACGUCUACUGGACAUCUGUCUCAUCGUCAGCUGUAGUGUCGUGUUCGUCAUCUCACAUGGCCAGCACAGACCGGCAAAACACAACAUCGACGACUUGCAGGGCACCAACAGGUUCAGAGACAAGGAGUUUGUACAGGAUAGAGAACACGUGAAGGAACAUCUAAAGGACCUAGCCGAUAUAGACGAAGAGAAAAUGACACCAGAAGAACUAGAAUUCCAUUACUUCAAACUGCAUGACUUUGACAACAACACGAAGCUAGAUGGACUGGAGAUUCUAGCAGCGCUGACACACGCCAUCCCAUGGGAAGAGCAGGAUGAGAAGGAUGCGAGCGGACUGCGGAAGGAUCCGGCAAAGAUCAAGGAGCUACAGGACGAUCGGCUACGAUCCUACGUCGAACUUAUAGACAGAGUCUUUGAGGACGAUGAUUACGAUAGAGAUGGUUACCUAUCAUACAUCGAAUACGUUCUCGCCCGGCGGAGGGACGAAGAGAUUCAAAAACGCAAGGAUCUCCAGAAACAACAACAGCAGCAGCAGCCGCACAGCCAACAAUGAGAAUUGUUAGACAAAUUAAUAAAAUUGGUAUUUACUGCGUGAGAACUGCGCUCGACGAUUUAGAACCGAAAUCAAUAUACGUACAUUAUUCAUAUACUUUACUAUAACGAAGCUUCCAUAUUUCUUAUAUGGAUAUAUAUAUAAUCGAUUUCUUCCAUAUUAAAAAUUGUGAGCUAUGGUCACCGUUACUAGCAAAUAUAAGAAAUAGACUAGUUAUAAUUUCGAUGUCCGUCUGAAAAGCUUUUGAUGAUAUUACAGCUGCCCGUGUGUGGGAACCUAACACAUGUGGAGCGAGGGGUGAUGGAGUGACAGAAACCCUGAAGUGUUGAACAAGCCUAAACCUUAAUGUAAUGUCUAUACUACGUGUCUAUAAUUGUACAUCAGUGCGUGUAAGUCAUUAAGAUGAGUUUUGUUUUGCUAAAUUCGAGGAAUAUAAAAGCAAAUAUUUUAUUAUCA